UAUUUGUGGGGUUUUACGCAGGUAAAAAUAGAAAUGAAAUUUAGUAUUUAGUCUUGUAAAGUCUUUUGAAUAGCAAGGUGUGUUUUGUGUUUCAAUCUUUGACUCGUGAGAAGUAGUAGUGCAUAUUUUACAACUGUAUAUUCAAAUAUACACUGUGCAGUAGUGACUGAAUUUUUCUGUACUUUCGGUAUUUUUAUUUUGAUUAUGGAUCCAACACGUUUUUAUGGCAAACAAAAGGAAACACAUAUACUUUUACCAGAUAUUGACAGUGAUCUUGAUUAUAGCAGCGAUGAUAGCAUAACAGAUGAAACUUAUCUACCAGAUAUGUUGCAAGAUUCAUCUAGUAGUGAUGAUCAAAUAGUCGAAGGUGACCAAUUGGGUCAGCAAGCGGAUUCUUCUGAUGAUGAAGACCUACCGCCACCUCUAUCAGACCUAACAAAUAAUCAAAUUCCCAUUUGUUCAAAUUAUGGAAAAAAGAAAAUAGAUUUGAAAUGGACAAAUUCAAAGAAUGAGGCAGCUCAAACGCCUCUUUGGGGUGCCCAUCUACAGGAUGAAACUGAAGUGAAAACUCCCGUCCAAUAUUUUUAUAAAUUAGUUGAUAAAGCUUUGUUAGAUUAUAUAAUGGAGCAAUCAAAUUUGUAUGCUACACAAACAGAUAUAUCUGGAAACUUUUCUAUGGAUUCAAAAGAUCUGGAACAGUUUUUAGGAGCAUGUUUCUAUAUGUCACUGAUAUCGGUACCAGGUACUAGUAGGUAUUGGAGUAAUGCGUGUAGAAUUUCUCAAGUCGCUGAUGUAAUGCCGUUACGAAGAUUUGAGCAAAUAAAAAAAAUUUACAUUUUGCUGAUAAUCACCAACUACCAUUGAAUCCGCCAGAUCGUUUGUUCAAAAUAAGAAAUGUGAUUGAAACCAUAAGGCACAAUAUGAAGUCCAUACCAAUAGAGCAACAUUUAUCUGUUGACGAGCAAAUUAUUCCCUAUAAGCGGGCUAAAGCAAUAU